GAGAAGGGGCCGUGCUAAAGGGAUGCUUCCCGGCCAGGAAGAGAUGGAGGCGGCGGCGGCGGCGGCGGCGGACAGCAUGGCUCUGCCUCAGCCUGCCCCUUGCCCGGCUAUCCUAAGCCAAGAAGGGGGGCUGGCGGGCACGGAGCAGCGGAACUCCCCGGUGGUGGUGGAGAAACUGAAAACCGUCAGGUGACGCGCGAGGGGUGGGGUGGGUAAGGGGCUUUCUAUAUGGCGGGUGGGGCGGGCGUGGAGCGCUCUGGGUUACCGCCGCCCGCGCGCACGGCGCUCGGUAAGGAGGCGUGCGGGAGCAACCGUCGCCGGCGGGAAACGGCGCCCGCGUGCGCGUGAAUUCGGGUUGGAACGUGGGGGGGGGAGGGGUCAGAAGCACCCGCGCGCGCACCGUAGCAGGCAGUGUGAAUGGCGCGCGUUUGUGUGAAGCUGCACCCAGUUACCUGGAAGUAAACCCGUGUGUGUGUAUAUGUGUGUGUGUGUGUGUGUGUGUGUGUAUAAGAGAGAAGCAGAUGCUACACUCAGUUACCUGGAAGUAAACUUGUGUGUGUAAGAGAAAAUCAGAUGCUACCCUCAGUUACCUGGAAGUAAACCCGUGUGUGUGUGUGUGUGUAAGAGAGAAGCAGAUGCUACCCCCAGUUACCUGGAAGUAAGCCCGUGUGUGUGUGUGUAAGUAUUAUCUUAAAAAAACAACCCACUCAGUCCUAGAGCAGAAUCUGCCCAUCAUCUGUUGAAGUUGUACACAUUUUUAAAUUAGCUCUUGCAUGUAGGCUACACAGCCUACAAUAUUUAUAGGUGACACAAGGCACAGUGGAGAGGAAAGGAGUAGCUCAGAACUGGAGUAGAUAAGGCAUCACUGGUCUCCGAUCAGAUCUCCCAUUUCUUUAUUUUUAUGUGGAAAGCUAAAACAGGAGAGUGGGGAGUGUCAUUUAGAUUGGAGCCAUGUUGUUCUUGGGGGGGGGGGGGGCUAACCUGCAUUUUAUACAAGAUGAUUGCAUAGAGAUGGGCGAUCUUCCCUCACAAAUCUUCAACAUUUCAGCACACCAAAUUUGAGAGUGAGGAAAAUGAAAGUGUAAGUUUUAGGAAAAGAAACUGAAAUUAAGAAAAUAUCAUUCUCCAAGGCAUGUGGAGAGACCAAUAAUAUAAUCUGGCAACUGGUUCUGUGCAUAGCCUGUUUUGUGGAAAAAAAGAAGUGCUAGUUGCUUACACUUCCUCUUCUCCCCGCUCUAGUGCAAUAUCCAAAGCAUGGAGUAUCACAUGUCUGGUAACAUUUCCCUAUAGCUGUCCACAGGUUACUCAUUAUCGUGAAUACAACACAAAAGCAGGCUUCAUUAUCUCCAGCUUGUACCUCUGAGUUUCAUAAAUGAAAGAUACAGCAUUUUUUCGAAAGCAAUAUUUUAACGCACUGCAUGUGAUUUCUUUCUUUCUUAAAUAUUCAUUAAAUUUUUAUUCUACUUUGUAAACAGCUUGGAGGAAAUCAUUACAUCCAAACCGGGGAAAACACCAAUUCAGAUGUUACAUGAAUAUGGCACAAAGGCUAAUCUCAAUCCUGUAUAUGACUUUGAAAAAGCUGAGGGGCAAGUGCAUAUGCCAGUCUUCACCUAUAAAGUCACAAUGGGUGACAUAACUGCAACAGGUUUGUACAUUUUGAUAGGAUUUAUGCAGGGCCGGGCCAUCCAUGAGGCAAGGUGUGGCAACUGCCUUGGGCAGCAGGGGCAGCAGAUCCUGAUGUAGAUCUUUAUUCCCCACUUUGUUCCUGAUGUAGAUCUUCACUCACCCCUUCUUCCCUGGCAGGUGGGGGGGGUAGCCAAAAAGUCUUGGGCCAGCUCUGGAUUCAUGUCUGAGUUCUUAAUUGCAUGCAAUGUGUCUGUAAUGUUUAAAAUAAAUGCUUCUUCUGUUUAGUUUUAUACUCCCUCUGUUUCUAAGCUAGUGUGUUGGGUACCAGUAUGGGUAAAGGGAGAGCCCAAAUGUCUUUUCCUUCAUCCUUUUGUUCUCCUCCAACCUAGCCCUAGAACCCAUCUUUCCUACCUUCAUCCUAACUGCUACCGACUCUUGUGUCUCCUCCUUAACCUUAGAAGCCCAAUUAAUUUCCCCCCAUUUCUAACCCUAGAACUUACUCUUCCCUCCCCUCAUCUAAUUGCAUAGUACAUUAUCCCUUGAUUGUAUUCUUCGACCCCCAUCAUGUCCACCCAAACACAGACACCAUAUAGGCAGUAACCAUUUUGUGCACAUCCAAUUGACAUGUGACCACCAAGAGCACAGAACAGGGGCAGGGUGGGCUUAUGCAAGCGCCGCUGACGCAUGUGGGGGCCAGGAAUCGGACCCCUGAGCAAAACGGUUGCCGCCUUUUUUUAAGAGUAACUAAUGCGAUGUAAUUUCUCUGAUCUUUGGCACUGUUCCUAGCACUGAGGGCUUAUGCAUGACAUGCAAACUGAUCUUGUGCCACACAAGGAAGUUUGCAUUUAUUGUGGCCAGUAGAAUGAGGAUAGUGUUUGGAUUAGGCCCCACAAGCUCACUUAAUGAGUGUCCCACCUCACUCUAGCAAGCAUGUUUGGGAACCACUGGUCUAAAUACCUUUUCUAGUCAUUUGAAUGCAAUAAUUGAGAUCUUGGCCACUGGAGCAUCAGCAUAUAAAUUUGGCCCAUCAUUUUUGUGACAGCCCUUUGGGAUAUUUGAAUAUAGCUAUUGUAUCGCCUCUUAAUCAUCUUUUCUCCAAGCCAAACAUACCAUAUUUUCUCUGCCUCUGCGCAGCUUCCAUAGUUAGUACAGCAGUUCUGACGGUAGCAAUGAUAAGUCUCUGCUGCUGGGAGGAAACUGCCUGCUGCAGGCCCUCUGCCUUCUUAAAACUCUGCAUCUCCCCUUCAGAUGUGUUUUUUAUAUAUACCCUUGCAUUUUGAGAACUUACCAGCAUAAGCAGAUGAAUAGGAAUCAGCUGCCCAACCACUAUCUUAAAGAUGCAAUUUUUCAAAAAAUAUUCAGUGCUACUUCUGAUGUUAGUGAUGUCUUUAGAAUGGGAGUGGCAAAAUAUUAUAUAGAGCCUUCUCGGUAGUGGCACCCACCUUGUAGAAUGCCCUCCUAUCAAAUGUCAAGGAAAUAAACAAUUAUCUGACUUAGAAGACAUCUGAAAACAGCCCUGUUUCGGGAAGGUUUUUAAUGUUUGAUCUUUUAUCGUGUUUUUAAUAUUCUCUUGGGAGCUGCCCAGAGUGGCUAGGGAAACCCAGCCAGAUAGGCGGGGUAUAAAUAAUAAAUUAUCAUCAUCAUCAUUUAGAAACAAGCCACAUUCCCCCCCUCCCCCCCAUUGUGCUUGCUUCCACUGGCAAGAUACAGUAAAACAGGCCAUCUUGCCUUUCUGGAAAAAGUGUCCAAACAGGUCUGUACACUCUUCAUGUUAUGAGACAGAAAAUGGAUAUUUCAGAACGAAACAUUCAGACUGCUAGAUUUUCAUAGCUUACUGUUCAGAACACUCACAUAUUUUUGUCUUUAUUAAUUCAGGAGAGGGUCCGAGCAAGAAAAUUGCAAAACACAAAGCUGCAGAAGCUGCCCUGAACAUUUUGAAAGGCAAUUCAAAUAUUUGGUGAGUUGGUUUUGAUCAUUGUGACAUAGUAUUAUUGCCGAAUGGGACCUGCUGGAAAAUUUUGGAAGAGAACUUUAGAAAUAUUUUAAAAAUGAGGGCUAUGAUGCUUAACAUACUUGAUUUGGAGAUAGGUUUAUAAAAAAGCAGUGGGAAAUGGGGCCAAAUUAUGUGACCGCAUCUAAGAUGGAUGGUUACUUCACUGUUUAAUAUCCACGUGGUAAAGUAGUAUUUUAACAAUGCUGUUACAUUGUUGUUCAUUUCCUGAAAACCUCUUUUCUUGUAUUUUUGUGGAAGUGAUAAAAUGGCAGUUUUUAGCAUAUUGUGUCACAAUUUCUGUCACCUUUCAUGUAACUGUAAGUUAGUUAUGACUCUGUAAGGGUAUGAAAGGUUUUCUGUUUCUUUAUUUAACAAGCUGUGGUUUCAUAAGUCAGACCUGUUUUCAAUCUUUGUUAGUCUCUUGUGUACAAACUUGUAAAUGUUAUCAGUACAAAAAGGUAGUCAAUUGUUGUCCUGAGCUCCUUUGAGAAGAAAGGUGGGAGAAAAAGUUAAUAAAUAAAUAGAAUAAUUUUUUUGCUACUUUUUCAUUUGACCUUUCAAUCUUACUUUUUUAUUUUUGUUUAAUUUAUAGCAUGUAUCAUGCUUUUCCUUCCCUAGGGAAGCACCAAGCUGCUAACAGCUUCAAAAUUCAGUUAACAUAAGCUAUGGGAAAAUAUAACAAAACACAGAACAGCCUUAUCGCCAAAAGAUAAUCUAUGAAUAUUUUAAUAAAACGGAUCAGUACAGUGGGCCCUCCGGAUACAAAUUAAACUUGUUCUGGGGGUCCGUCCGCAACCCAAAAAGUCCGUAGGCAAAGGUGCCGAUUCUGCGCACAAGCAUGGCGCGAUUGAGCGUUUUCGCGCACGUGCACAGAGUGCUUGUGUGCAUGCACGCGCAGCAAGACCCGGAAGUAUACACUUCCAGGUUUGCCGCGUUCGUAACCCGAAAGUUACGUAUUCAGAGCGGUACGUAACUAGAGGGUCCACUGUAAUUAUUAAUAUAAAGAUAAGUCAAAGCCUGGCGUGCUCUGGUCCAUGGGUCACGAAGAGUCGGACAUGACUAAGUGACUAAACAACUACAAAGUCAAAGCCACAUUCAGGUUAGAGCAGUAUCAACAAUACCGUUAAAUCUUUAACAAAGGAGGGUCUCUCAUCCUCAAGGGCAAUUUUUGAGAGUACAUGAGACAUAUGUCUGGGGAGGAGCCAUGAAAAUCUCCUUCUUGCCAGUGGAAUUCUGCCUGCUUUUUCCUAGAUCCAGACCCUUGAAUUUAAAAAGUAGCCUGGGAGGAAGCGCAGGAAACUACCUGUGAGGAACAAAAUCCUCCACAUGUGCAAACAUAGACACAACUCAACAUAGAAAAGCACGUCAGCUUUCUUUACUUUAAACAUCUUGUAGAGGUAGUCUUCAUGAGGCAGUCUCAUAUUAAAAUGUAGAAUGUGCUUGGGACUGAAUACUGAUUUGUUAGCGAAAUGAUGCCUGAAACUGCCAGUUUUCAAGUUAACUAUGUUUCUUUUAGCAUUUCUGUGCCAGACCACUUAAUCCCCGAACGUCUCGAUCAAGCACCAAAUCAGUCCAAUCCUAUUGGAUCAUUGCAGGUGAGUUGCAACGGCAUUUAAAAUGUACCAUAUUCAGAAGUUCUUUGUCUUUAUUUUUUUAAUUACAUUAUUAUUAUUAUUAUUAUUAUUAUUAUUAUUAAUUCAACUUAUAUACCACCCUAUACCCGGAGGUCUCGGCAGUUCACAACAAGACCACAGUAUAUAAAAUCAAACCAAAAGCAGUAACCCAAUACCCCCCCCCAAAUAAAAGCCACAUUCUAAAAGGGUGUUGGAUGUCCAUAAGAUCAACCAAAGGCCUGGUUAAAAAGGAAUGUUUUUGCCUGGCGCCUAAAGAUGUAUAAUGAAGGCACCAGGUAAACAUCCCUGGGGAGAGCAUUCCACAGAUGGGGAGCCACUGCAGAAAAGGCCCCGUUCUCAUGUUGCCAUCCUCCACACCUCUCAUGGAGGAAGCACACGAAGAAGGGCCUCAGAAGAUGAUCUCAGGGUCCGGGUAGGUUCGUAUGGAAAGAGGCGGUCCUUUAUAUACCUUUUGGUUUUUUAGAGGUCAGAGUCGUUCUACACUAAGUUACAAAUUAUAUUUAGAUCCUUAUGUAUGUAGCAUCAUCUUUGUUUCCUUCUUAUUUUCUGAUGACAGAAAGCGACACAGGCAGUCAGGAGCAGGUAGCUGAACCGAGGAAGGAGAAGACAGUUCCUAUACCCUCAGGAAAGAAUGUAGAGUAAGCAACGAAAAGCAAGGCAUAGUGAUUACAGAAUGGGUGGUGAAGAGAAAAGAAAGGUUUGGUUGGUUUGUCAGGUUUUCUCAUCCACACUGUGUGCAAAGCUCACAGCUCAUCACUGUGAUGAUAUAUAUAAGAUGGAAAGCUUUUCUUUGGGCAGAGUAGUGACCAAUGAAAGCAAGACUUACUCUCACACCACUGAAAUAGAAUGCUUUCAUUGGGCUGCUGCUCUGGCACAGUGAAACGUGCUGAUCUUGGAAGUUCCCUCAGCUCUGUCCUGGAUUGAGAUGUAGAAGGAUGCAUGCAGUGUAAAGCAAAAUACAUCAGAAUUUUGCUUUCCAAGUUAACACUGAAGUAAUCAUGAUAAAUAAACCUGUUCUAAAUAGACAUGUGGCUGUUUUAAGGCUAGAUAAAAAAAAAUUGUCCUGUUACCUGUCGCUUCCCUUCUUCCCUAGGAGCUAGCUAUUCAGAAGGGUUGGAGACUUCCUGAGUACUCACUGGCACAGGAGACAGGGCCACUCCAUAAGAGAGAGUUUACAAUGACUUGCAGAAUAGAAACAUUUGUAGAAACAGGUACGUGCUUAUUUUUUUCUCCUCGGCACAAAAUGUUGCAAAACCUGAAUUUAAGCACAGGAUUCAUUAUCCAAAGAAAUCCCACUAAUGUUUCUAUUUUUGAUCAUUUUAAACAAUUGUAUCUUAUAUAAUUCUCUCUUGCAAGCUGCCUUGAGGAUUUUAUAACUUGAAAGUCAAAAUAAGUGCCUUAGCAGAGCAUUCCUACUUGUGGGGGUGUCUAAGGUGGAGGGGCCACCAAAUCCAAAGUGUGCUGGCAGGGUGGAUAGAGGGGGUGUUUUUUUUCUUUCUGCCACUCUGCCCCCCCCCAAUAAACAUCAAUGCACCUGCUCCCAAUGUGCCCUGUUUUUGGAUUCCUACUGGAACACCAACAGUCUAAUGAUGGAAAUCCCCAUAGGGCUAAACAAGUUAUUGUUUCUCACCUACCCCAAUACAUGCACCUGUUAUGAGCACAGGUGGCAGAAGACUCUGCAUGCCUUCUGUAUUCUCCAUUCUGCCCUCUGUUGCGGCUUAGUCAGGCUAAACGAGGUCUGGAAGGGGGAAGGAACCGCCUGUGGGCAUCUGUAUGCAGGUAGGCACUGCACCCAUUUGGGGAAGAUUUUUAAUUAAUAGAAGCCGCUUGGGGCAAAAAAAUCCUCUUUCUGUCCCUCUUCCAUAAAAACAUUUUGUAGACAAAUUUGAGCGCUGGUAAGCCUGGCUCAAAUUUGGCCCUGCAGUCAGGUCCACUUUCAGUAUCCCCUUCUCUUUCUACCCUCUCAUCUCUGUGCCCUCUCAGGGUUCUUCUGUUGUGAUGCAGAAACUCACACCUGGCCAUGGCUCAGGGGGAGAUCCCAAGUUAAUAAUUAACAGAUGUAAACUUAACAGGUGGAAGUAUCAGAACAAAACAUACAGGGGAGUUUCAAAAGCACGGCUGAGUUGAUGGAUGUGUAGUCUGUGACUCGCAGUCUAGUUUCGGUUUUCUAGCAUGAAUGUCUCUUAAUCUGGGUUUCUUUGCUUAUUUUAAUCCUUCUUGCUUUUGUUUUCUUACGAAGGGAUUGGGACUUCUAAAAAAUUAGCAAAGCGAAACGCCGCCGAGAAACUACUCGAUAAAUUCCGUAAUUUUUCUGGAGACAAUAUCACUAUUUCUUUAGUAAGUAAUUCAUUUAUGUUUAUAGCAACUGCUUAGCUAUUCAAACCUAACAAUGCAAUUAUUCGUUUUCAUUAAUUGUCCAGCUUAUACUAAGGCGCUAUAGUAAAUAUACACAGGCAAGCUAGACUCCCCCCUCCCCCUGCCCUGUUAUCUUCCAUGUUCUUCAUCUAGGCUACAAGAUCUCUGUAUUCUCCCCCUCUGUCUGUCUGUCUGUCUUGUUUGUCAAUAGCCUAAGGAUGCAGCUUAGGAAGUGAGUUCAAUUGAACUGCAUGGAACCUUGUUCAGAGCAAACAGGUCUUCAUUGAGCUACACAGCUGUUUCUAAAAUCUAAUAUACCGUAUUUUUCGCCCUAUAGGACGCACUUUUUCCCCUCCAAAAAUGAAGGGGAAAUGUGUGUGCGUCCUAUGGGGCGAAUGCAGGCUUUCGCUGAAGCCUGGAGAGCGAGAGGAGUCGGUGCGCACCGACCCCUCUCGCUCUCCAGGCUUCAGGAAGCUAUCCGCAAGCCUUGGGAGCCCACGGGAGUUCCCACCGGGCUCCCUAGGCUUGCGGAUAGCAGCCUGCAUCCCAAAGCCUGGGGCGUGCUGAGCAGCGUGCCCCGGGCUUUGGGCAGAUAUCUGCAAGCCUGGAGAGCCCGGCGGGAGUUCCCGGGGGCUCCCAAGGCUUGCGGAUAGCAGCCUGUUCUGGGGGCUGGGGUCGGGGGAAGCGCGGGCUACCCCCGCCCCAGCCCCGCACCUUGGGGGGAAAUAAUUUUUUUUUCUUUAUUUCCCCCACCCCCCAAAAAAAACCCUAGGUGUGCCCUAUGGGGCGCAAAAUACGGUAUUUUCAAAUGCACAAAAAAUGUACAUCUUCCAUUGCCUCUCUCUCCCCCAGAAGCUGGAAGAAUACCAAUUUCUAUAUCAUUUAACUCUUGGGAGUUAAGCUUAUAUAUAAGUCUUCUAAGAAAUCCCAGCUAUCAGCUCACUAUCAAAUGCAGCAAUCUGCUUCACAGUGAUGGAUGUGCCUUCCUUCAGGCGGCUUGUAUUUAACAGGGAGUUUAUACAGGAAUGGAAACAGCCUCACCUGCUUCAUUUCUGCUCUUCAGGCUUUUGUUAAUGCCGCAGUAGAACAAGCAGUAAAAUGUAGCCCCUGUAGGUGAAAUUGUUGACAUUUACAGUUCAGAGUUGUGUUAAAAGUAAGAAUGCUUAUGGAAAACAUAGGCCCCUGUAGUACAGACCAAGAGAAUCUUGGAGAAGCCAUAUUAAAAGCCAAGUUUUUAACAAGUGUGGAAAUACUUGGGUAGAACAUAGUGUGAUAUGAGAGCUUGGUAUUUGUUUAAUACAUAUACGAGGGGAGUGGAAUGACCGCAUUUAAAGGUGUUGGGUGGUGGUUUUAAAACACAGCAAAGUCUAAAAGCCCUUAAUUUAUUCCAGGGAAAAGAACAAAGUGUUAAUUGGGGGUGUACAUGGAGCACCUUAAGGAACUCUUCUGGAGAAAAAAUUACUUUGCUGAAAAUAAGUCCACUCAGUAUUCCUAAUACAGAUUAUGUUCAUCUUCUUGGAGAACUUGCAGAAGAGCAAGGUUUUAAUACAAAAUACUUGAAUAUAGGUAAGAACCAUGUGGGUGAUUAUGGGCGAGAUGCAUCUUCUUUUCUUAGCAUCUUUUUUCCCAACACAGGCCAGGCAGAACCAAGUUGCCAAUGAAGUGUGUACCAAGAAGGGGCGGCAUUAUGCAAUGUCCAUUUUCUUCCAGCAUUAACACGAACACAAUUAUCUGCAGAACAUUAGUACUAACAGCAGCCAGAGAACACACUUUCAUCACAUUUUGUCUAAUAAUUAAAAGAUGCACACAGUCUUACCACUAACAUUUGGAACAUUAAAUUUGCUAAAAGGGUGCAGUAUGUAAAUGGCUUUGCUGUUUUCAGGGAUAUGUGUGCUAAACUUGCUGUUUAUUGUUAGUGCUUUGACAAAAUAAUUCCCACGGGUCACAAUCGAAGAACCUGAACAAGAAUUUAGGGCUGUCAAGUGAUGGAACUGUUUCUGGAAAUAAAUUCUGCAUCGAAGUGUAUUCAUAAAUCCAGCCGUGCUUUUGUUUCUGAAUGUUUUGGAAGUUGAAUGAACUUCCGGAACAAAUUCCGUUCGGCUUCCAAGGUAUGACUGUAUAGGUAAUCGAGUAUUUGUGUUGUGCCAGAGCAGGUUGGGAGAGAUGGUUUCCUACAUAUUCCAGUCAUAUAUCCUUUUAUGUGACACCAUCCUGAUUACCGUACUUUUCCGUGUAUAAGACUAGGUUUGUUUACUCAAAAAUUAGGUUUAAAAAGUGGGGGCAUCUUAUACACGGGUAGUGGGUAUGUGUGACAGAUGAUUGGUUGCAGUCGCGAGCUGCAGAUUGUCAUUGGCGAUUUGUAGUGUGAUUGGUGGCUGUGGCAAGGGUUUUUUUUGUAUUGGCUAUUGGAAAUGGGUGUUUGAUUGGUUGCUGCGUCUAGGGCUGUGGAGGAUUGGCUGCCACUGUGGCAAUUGUUAUUGCUAUUUACUUUUGCUGUUGGUGAUUGGUCAGGUUUGUAGCAGACGCAAGUGAUUGCUGGCGAGCGGUGUGAGCGAUUGCAACCGCCGGGUUAGUGAUUUACUGCAUUCCCCCUGAAAAAACGCUCAACAACUCCAGUCCUCCCCCCAAAAAGCUCAACCACUUUGGGCCAUUUUCUGAAAUUGGAGUCCCCCGAAAUAGGGGGCAUGUUAUACACGGAAAAGUACGGUACUUUCAUUCACAAUGUCGGGGAAAGAGAAUUAGUGUAGUUGGUGUUUUCAAAAAUUAGUGGCGUGAUAUUCCACUAACCAGCACCUGUGUUUGUACUUUCAGAGGAGCUCAGUGUGAAUGGACAAUACCAGUGUCUUGCAGAACUUUCAACUAAUCCAAUCACAGUUUGUCACGGGACUGGAAUCUCCUGGGGCAAUGCCCACAAUGAUGCCGCUCACAAUGCACUACAAUAUUUAAAGAUCAUGGCUGGACAGAAAUAAGAUUCAAGCAAAAGGGAAAUAUUUAAGGACGUAUCCAUCCAAGCCGAACAGUUUCCAGAUCAUUGGAGCUGUGUUUUUUUAAAAGUCACAUCACAAAAUCCAUGCACGUGUAUACAAUUAUGCAUUAUAAUGAAAUAAUCACCGCAAGUAUGUUAUUUAUCUGGAAGUCCAGAUACCACCACAGUCGCAGGUGUGGAAUGAGAUACAGAAUUCACCUUUCCAGAAUCUGAUGAAUGAGAAUCCUUGGAGCCAAAGCCCAAAGCAAACGUUGCUCUAAAUGAGCAGCUGCCCCUCAAAUUGCAGCCACAUGUCCAAUUCCUCCCAUUUGCUCCAUAUUCUAGUUCAGAAAAACUUAUGACAUGACAUUGCAGUGAGAAAAGAGGAGGCUAUGAUGUCAUGACAUGAGGUAAGUUCUAGUGGGUGUAACAGGGAGGGGGGAGGAACUAGAGGCGUGGCUACCAUUUUUUGUUGGCAAUCAUGUUUAGAAUGAGAUCUACCUUGAUCGUUGGAAAAUGGCUUCCUGUGGUCAGGAACAGGGCUUGCAAUCUCAACAUGCUCCUUUCCCUCCAAACCAUCCCUAUAUGUUGAUUUCUGUUUAACACUGCAUGACUCAUUUAUACUUCAUUUCAUGACGCAAUAUCCAACCGGGGGUGGGGGGGUUAGAAUGCCUGGUGUGCUCUGGUCCAUGGGGUCACAAAGAGUUGGACAAGGCUAACAACAACAAUGAAGUAUGUGUGACAGAAACUGUUCAUGAUUUGUUCUGAAUACAAUAACUUCCAUUUUUUUUCCUGGUUGUUGAAUUAGGGGUGGAGUUUGGCACAGAAUUGUAGAACUGUUGUCUUUACUGUACUAAGUUUUAGUAUCACAAAGUAGCUUUGAGCCUGCACUACAUAUAUACUGAAGCUUACAGGCUCCUUUGUGAAUACCUGUGUAUAUGGGAUCUUAAAACCAAAGUAUCUGAAAUGUUCCAGUGCUUUGAAAAGCUUUAUGUUAUGGCCAUGGGAUAUUAUCCAUUUUCCUGUGUGUGGAUUUUUCUCUCAUUGUGUGAACUGUGGCCUUUUUAAACCUAUGGUUUGAAGAUUGAAUUUUUACAGAAAUAAUGACUCUAUUAACAUCACUGCCCUUUUUCGGAAGGUAACUAUAAGAAUCGGUCUUUCUUUAAUAAAUUCUUUUAAAGAAUAAUUCAAGUAAUAAGUUUUUAUGUUAAUCUUAAGGCAUGUAUUCUGUAUAUUUAGAGGAAAGGCAGAGGUAGAGGCUCGCUAUGUAGCAAAUUAAGACAGAGCAUCUUUUCUAGAGGUGAUCACAAUGGCCUGCUAGCAGUUAAUACACAUUUUGCACAUAAAGUUAACCAUGCACUAGUGGAUUUGAAUACAAAAGCCUACAUGCACAUUGUUCUCAUGGGAAAGACAGUGUAAUUGUAAUGGCCACGUUCGGCCUGCUCUACUAGACAGUUUGCAAUUUUCCUAAGGUUGGUUCUGGAGUUCAGGUGUCUCACUGAGCUGAAGCUGCAAUUGAAUUCAAGGUGACCUGCUUGAUUCAAGUGGAACAGUUCCUUCCCUCUGCAGGCUGAUUGCGCCUCCCAAGAGGCCUUCAGACCUCAUUGAAACAACUGGGGAAAAGGAGGCCCUGGGUGUUUUAUAGGGACUGUAACAGCUGUGCAGUCUCUGUAUCUUCCUGCUAAGAAUAGUUCCCAUGGUGAUGUGAAUGCAUGUGCAGGAACACCCAAGGCCUCUAAGCCUGGAGAGGUCCAGCACGUGAGAUCUUUGCUCUCAAAAGGAAGAGCUGGUACAGCUGUUGCCCAAGACAUGGCAACUGACAGAUUGCAUUGACUAUUAUAAAGAGAAAAUGAGUUCUACUCAUGCAAGCAGUCACUACUGUCUUCCAAGAGUUCCUGUGUCCCACAUUACACUGGCUAUUCACGUUGAUCAUUGUGAGUGCAGUUACAUGUCGAAAAUGCUAGCUGCCACAUGCCUGCACCAGCUCUUUUUGAGAGGGAAGAAUUGCAUUAUUGGAUAUUAGCACAGAGUGCCCAGCUCUGACGUGACAUAAUCUGUAUUCAGCACAUCAUAAUUUGUUUUAGAGCCUGCACUGCUCUACUAGGGAAGAGCCAGCGUUGGCUCAGUUACUAAGGCUGUCAUACAUAUCUGGGAAUUGGACAGGAAAAUGGCGCCUUGGCGGAUUUUUGGCAAAUGGGUAAAAUGUCCAGAAAACGCAGACAUAUGGCAACGGAAGUUAAAAGCUUAGAUUUUGGGGGGGGAGAUGUUCACGAAAAGCUCAACAACUUUGAGAGAGAGAAAAAACUUGUCUGGAUUUUCACUUUGGGGAAUAUGGCAACCCUGUCAGUUAUCUAUGUGAACCAGUGUUCAUUCAAUAUGCAAUAAGGUGCUGUGGGAGUAAAGUAGCACUGGUUUGAAAAAGGCUAGACUUUUGAUAAAUUUCCUAUACUUACAGAAUUACCGUAUUUUUCUGUGUAUAAGAUGCCCACAUGUAUAAGACGCCCCCUAAUUUUGGGGACUCCAAAUUAAGAAAACACCCCUCAGCACUACCCAUGUAUAAGACAAGUCCCAAUUUUAGACCUGAUUUUUUGGUUUAAAAAACUAGUCUUAUACACGGAAAAAUGCAGUACUUCUUUGUAAGGAAUAGCACACAUACCUUUCUGACAGACAACAUAAUCUUAUUUGAAGAUCUCAUUUUUGGCUAUUUCUGCUCAAAUAUUGCCUCAAAGUACAGUGGUACCUCGCAAGACGAAUGCCUCACAAGACGAAAAACGCGCAAGACGAAAGAGUUUUCCGUUUUUUGAGUCGUUCCGCAAGAUGAAUUUCCCUAUGGGCUUGCUUCGCAAGACGAAACGUCUUGCGAGUUCUUGCAAGUUUGUUUCCUUUUUCUUAAAGCCGCUAAGCCGUUAAUAGCCGUGCUUCGCAAGACGAAAAAACCGCAAGACGAAGAGACUCGCGGAACGGAUUAAUUUCGUCUUGCGAGGCACCACUGUAUUAAGUGCAUAGUACAGUGGUACCUCCAGUUACGAACUUAAUUCAUUCUGAGGUCCGUUCUUAACCUGAAACUGUUCUUAACUAGAGGUGUGCUUUCGCUAAUGGGGCCUCUUGCUGCCGCUGCACUGCUGGCACACGAUUUCCGUCCUCAUCCUGGGGCAAAGUUCUCAACUCGAGGUAACUCUUCCAGGUUAGUGGAGUUUGUAACCUGAAGCUUUUGUAACCUGAGGCAUUUGUAACUUGAGGUACCACUGUAGUUCACUUUCAUGCUCCUGGGCACUUUUCCUGGCAUCAUUUAGCUGGUGGAAAUCAACAAGAUAAAACUUGACCUUCAGUCACAUAUAUGCAUUUUAAUACUUACCCAUACGCGUAUACUGGUAAAUUGGAUAUUUGGCCUUAGUUGAGACAAGAAACACUCAUUCAGAGUUUCUUGCCAUUCUUCAGUCUUGCAGAGACAACUAAGAUAAUGCCUAAAUUGAAAUCUGUGAUAGUAGCUCUAUAAAAUAAUAAAUUUUCACCUCUAGGCCUAGGGGUGAAAGAGGGAUUACAGAUCACAGAUCAUCCGGGGGGUGGGGGGGAGGUCCAUGAGAGAAAAUGCCAUCACAAUUUUUGCCAAGAUUAGUUUCAUCUGCUUUUGAAAAUAUUUCCCCCCCCUCAAAUUAAAAAAACACCACAAGUCAGAUAUAUCACAUCCCAAAGAAAUCCUAUUGAUUUCAUAAACUGCAGUGCAAAAGCUUUGUUGAGUUGCAAACAGCUAAUUUCUGCCAAGAGUAUUUAGGUACCUGCUGUAUAAACAGUAAACAAAAAUGUGCUGAAAGUUACAAAACCAUACUCAUUUAAAUAUUAAGAACAACAACCCUAUGUAUGUGCAAAUCGGACACAAGUCUCAGCAGCUAUGAAUGGGCCUUGCAGGGGAAGAGUGUAUAGAACUGCAAUUUAAACUGUCCUAUCAAAAGUUGUGGAACAAAUUGAAGCCUGUCAUGUGAUUCUGUUAACUUCUGCUAUUCAGUUUGGAAAGUUGUUUGCUAUGCAUUUGGACACGUCUUACCAUUGUAACCAAAUUUUGCAUGAUGGUUCCUGAGAUCAAGGAGCAGGUUUUCAUCUCUUGAUACAACCGGAUGCCGUUUGGAAUCAAGAUAACGUACAGAACCUUUCAAAACUGCGGAUUUUAACCAUUGGGGUUUUUUUGUUUUCUUCUUAGAAAUCCUGAGCAAUACCGGAUACAAAGCAGCUAGUUAUACUCUAAUGCUUAUUAUCUAUGACUGUAGCAACAUUAAAUAUGCAGGCACUUCUUUUCACAUCCAAGGACCUGACAACCACUUUUACCUCAUGUUUUUAAGGUAUUGGUAUCAAAAAUUGUCACAUACACAGCAUAUACAUUUGUUUUUCCACUGCUUGUAUGUAACAUGGGUAAAUGUACCAGGGAAGCAUGACCUGCUGUGCUCCCUGCUGUUUGUACAUAAAAUGGUGAGUGUGAAUAAAAAUGUGUGAUUUAACUUAAGCUUUUCAGUAUUCGUAGCCCAGUUAUUAAGCAACUACGUUUUAUUAUUUUGUAGUGAAAUGGAGCUUUCUGUAGAAAAACCAAAAGCAAAAGUAGGUGUGUGCCCCGCCCCACCCCCACAUCAAAAGCCCAGCUCUAGUGAGUGGCACACAAAUUUUCUCUCUUUUAAGUGGUAGUUACUAAGCCAUGCCAUUACAUUCUUUGCAGUGUGUUGAUAAUCUCAUGAAUGCAAUACUCCAAAUCAUGGCCAGCUAGCAAUCUUCUCCCACACAAUUCAGUAUGAGCACCACUUGAGGAAGUUGUAGAUUUAUUUUUUUUUCUUUUCUCACAUAAGAACCAAGGGACUGUUAAUUCCUCCAACCGUGACAGAGGACAUCACGACUGGGACUUCUGUGUAGCUAAAGCUAUGAGAACUAUACACCCCUGUGAAGCCAACCCUGAAGUUGUGUCAUGUUGCCCACUAUGUGGUAUGUUUGAAAGGUCUGGCUUUUUUUCUGGAUAUGUUCGCUAUACCAGAUGCACCAAACACAGUGUGUGUAACUAUAUCUAUCUAUCUAUCUAUAUAUGAUAGACUGCAUAUCAAUACUAAGCAACUUGGCACCGGCUGCAGGACCGCAUGUUUAUUUCCAUUUGAAAACUUUCCUCCAGCUUCCAAGGCACUGACUUUUUGACGACAUGUACCAUCACCUUGCAUAUAGACAUCUGUUGUACCCAUCAUUUUCUGUACUGGAGUAUAAUGCUGACUGCUGGCCAUAGCAGUAAGAACCAAGACAGCAGCUUUUGACGUUUGCUAUCUGCGAUGUUUGAGUAACGACAAAACACAAAAUGCUCUUCUCUUGACUUCCACUCUGAUACACCUUUUAAUUUGAUUCCAAGAAAGCACAAUUCUUCACUAGUGUACGAGGCCAUAGAAAAUGUUCUUUACCUGUCAUGUAUAGUUGCAUUUCAUAGGCCAAUGAAGAAGCAAUGGUAUCUCCUUUUGUUCAAAAUGAAUUUGAUGGCACUAUGAGACUAAGUUUGAUAUUACAAAACGGCGUGAUCUUUCAUCGGUGACAGCCUACUUGAAAUGCUCAGUUGGAACUUGGGGGGAGUCGGUUAAAAGCUGAUAAAGAGGUACCAUUCUUAGGUUCUUAAAGAGAUGGCAGACGU